AUGGCCGACGGCGGCAGCGCCGUCGCCGCUGCCGUCUUCCCGGCGGCACAGUCCUCCGUUGUCCCCGACCCCGGGGCCUUCUUCCACCAGCGCCUCCUCUCCUCUCCUCUCCCAACCAACUCCUUCUUCCAGAACUUCGUCCUCGGCGAUGGCGACCAGCCCGAGUACAUCCACCCCUACCUCGUUAAAUCCUCCGGCUCUGCCCUCUCCCUCUGCUACCCUUCUUGCUUCACCUCCUCGCAGUUCAUCUACCAACCCUUCGCCGGCGAUCUCACCCUCUCCAGCGACGGCGGCGGAACCAGUCGGCACGUCGUUUCCGCCUUCGACGAUCUGAGCGUAACCCUAGACCUCCCCCCCUCUCUCCGGUUCUUCCUCAUCCGCGGGAGUCCCUACAUAACCUGCGCUGCCACCGCCGCUGAAGGCGGCGCUGCGACGGCCCUCUCCCUCUCCUCCGUCCACGCCAUCGUCGGCGUCUCCUCCGAUCCCUCCGGCAACAGGCACAGAGUUCUGCUGAACAGCUCCCAGACCUUUCUUCUGUACUCCUCCUCGUCCCUCACCUUCUAUCAAGUCUCCGCCACGGAGAUCCGCUCCGCCGAGGGCUUCGACGGCGUGAUCCGGAUCGCCUACCUCCCAGAUCCUCGCCACGAGCCCGUUCUCGAUCGCUUCUCCAGCUGCUACCCCGUCUCCGGCGGCGCCGCCAUCACUUGCCCCUUCUGUGUAAGGUACCGGUGGGAGAAGGAGGGCUCGGGGGACCUGCUCCUCCUCGCCCACCCCCUGCAACUCCGCCUCCUCUCCGGCGACGAGGGUGGCGGCGCCUCCGUACUGAGUGACUUCACGUACAGAAGCCUCGACGGCGACCUCGUCGGCGUCGUCGGCAGCGAAUGGCUCCUGAAGACCGAUCCCAUUCGAGUUGCCUGGCAUUCCACGAGGGGAGUUGCAGAAGAUGGCCGCCAGGAGGUCAUCGCCGCCCUCUGCAAGGACGCCGGUGAGCUCCUCAAGCCCAUCGCCACCACCUCGUCCUACUUCUUCGGGAAAGCCGCCGCAAGGGCGGCCCGUCUUGCUCUAAUCGCAGAGGAGGUGAGCUUCCCGGAGGUGAUCCCUGCGGUGGCGAGUUUCUUGAAGGAGAACAUCUCGCCAUGGCUGGACGGGACCUUCUCCGGCAACGGGCUACUCUACGAGCCCAAAUGGGGCGGCGUUGUCACCAUGCAGGGGGCGGCGGACUCCGGCGCUGACUUCGGCUUCGGCAUCUACAACGACCACCAUUACCAUCUGGGCUACUUCUUGUACGCCAUAGCAGUGCUCUCCAAGCUCGAACCCACCUGGGGAAGAAGGUACGCUCCCCAAGCCUACGCCAUGGUGGAGGAUUUCAUGAACCAGUCGAGGAGCUUUCAGGGAGCUAGUUGCACCAAGCUGCGGUGCUUCGAUCUGUGGAAGCUCCAUUCCUGGGCCGGGGGAUUGACGGCGUUUAGCGAUGGCAGGAACCAGGAGAGCACCAGCGAGGCAGUAAACGCCUACUACGCCGCCGCUCUCAUGGGGCUCAGCUACGGCGACGUGGAGCUCGCCGCCGCCGGGGCGAGACUAGCGGCGUUGGAGAUCCGGUCGGCGGCGGCCUGGUGGCAUGUCCGCGAGGAGGAGAGGAUCUACGAGGUGGACUUCAGGAGGGAGAACAGGAUUGUGGGGAUCGUCUGGUCGAAUAAGAGAGACAGUUGCCUCUGGUUCGCUCCCACGGAAUGGAAGGAGUGUAGACUGGGAAUACAGGUCCUGCCAUUGUUGCCCAUCACCGAGCUGUUGUUCAUGGAUGAGGGGUUCGCGAGGGAGCUGGUGAACUGGGCGUCACCUGCUCUGGAGAGGGAAGGGGUUGGAGAAGGAUGGAAGGGCUUCGUCUAUGCGCUACAAGGGAUCUACGACAAGGAGACGGCUUUGUCGAGGACCAGAGGGCUGACCAUCUUCGAUGAUGGCAACUCCUUGACGAACAUGCUCUGGUGGCUCCACAGCCGGGACUGA